UUAUUAAGUGGAAAGUUCUGGGAUAUCACGUACCUGGUGAUGAAGGCCAAUGCAGAGAGGGCUUCCCUUGCGGUUAAGUUCAGGACUCCCCUGAGAGUGGGACAGCGGGAGUCUGGCCCAAAGUUGCAAAGGUCGCCUGUAGGAGUGCUGGCUGGUUGUCCACUCAGAAGCACAGCUGGUGCACGGAGAUAGGUCUGCAGACAGGAGGCGCCUUCCGGGAUUAGAUGUUUACUGGGUAGACUCUGACAUGGGAUCUCUUGAUAUCAAGCCAAGGUCAGGUAGCCCAAGAAAGACUGCAGCCACAAU